AUGAGCAUUGACCAUAUUGACGACAACUUGCCUGAAGACCAAGAGAACGGGCUGCCCCUUGGCUUCGACCAAAUGGACCACAUCGAUUCUGCUGGUGAAUCAAACCAACAACAGGACCUCGACGAAAACCAGGGCGAAAGCGACCUUCCUGGUUUGGCCGACUUCGAAGACAAACAGGAUCUGAACUCGGAAAACAAUUCGGCACAAUAUCAGGACACUGAAGAGCCUCGAUCCGAACUGGAAAAUCCAAACAACCUUGAUGGUGAGGAUGACCAGAUACCAAACGAUUCAAGCAACUUUGCAAAUAAUAUAGAAGGUGAUGACGAUCUCUUGGCCGAUUUCCUCGGGAAAGACGAUGACAAUCAAUCUGAAAAUGACUUGGGUCAAGUGAAUUAUGAUGCGGACCAACAAAUAGACAACCAGGAAGAUCAAGAGAACCAAGAAGUAGAUCAGGAUGAAAGCACUGCUCCCGAGACCACCGAGCCAUCGAACGAUAACGAUGGGACUGGUGUCCCCGAGGCUUCCGAGACCGAAGUUAAGGAAGAGAACUCUGAUCAGGACGUAGAUAUGGACGAUGUGAACGGGAAAAGUGUCGACGAAAAGCAAUCUGAAGUGAAUGACCUGGAUGCAUCUACAAACGACGAACAGGAAGAAAAGAAAGACGAAGAAGAGAUAGAUCGUGAUAUAGACAUGUCAGAGACCGCAGAAGUUCCCGUGAAAACUGAGUCCUCACCGCAAGACAAAACUGAGUCAGAGACCAAAGUGGCUAAGCAAGAGGAUGAUUCCGAGGAUGUUCCUGGAACAACCACAACUAAUGUGUCAAAUGAUAAUACCAACAUCUCGACUCCUUCUUUGGCAUCCGCAACUUCUGGCGGUAGAUUAGAUGAAGAUGAGGUUGAGGAUUUUGAAGAAGAAGAAGAACCAAAAUCAACAAUCAAACAAACGCAUGUUAUUAUUAUUCCAUCAUAUGCUAGUUGGUUCAACAUGCGUAAGGUGCAUCAAAUUGAACAGGAAUCAUUACCUGAAUUUUUCAAAACGUCUCACCCCUCCAAGUCACCAAAAAUUUAUGUCAACUAUCGUAAUUUCAUGAUUAAUGCUUACAGGUUGAAUCCAAAUGAGUACUUAACUUUAACUUCAUGUCGUCGUAACUUAGUUGGUGAUGUUGGUACUUUGAUGAGAGUGCAUAGAUUUUUGAACAAGUGGGGUUUAAUAAAUUAUCAGGUGAGACCUCAAUUUAAGCCUGGUUAUGCCGUUGAAAAGUUACCUAACGGUCAGCUGGUAGGCUUACCUUACACUGGUGACUACAAUGUUAAAUAUGACACUCCUCGUGGGUUGUUUCCAUUUGACACAUUCAAGGGUUCGCUUGAUAAAAUUGACAUCCCAAAAUUGAAGAAGUUGUUAAAUAUAGAGGAAAGUGUAUCUGUUAGCACAGGUUCUAAUAACGAUACAUCGAAUGGCAGUUCAAGUCCUGAUAAGAAACGUCCAUCGAGUUCUUCACUCGAGGAUGGACCUGCAUUGAAGAAGCAGGAUGGCGGAUGGACCGAAGAAGAAGUUUCCAAAUUGAUUUUGGGAAUCAAAAAGUAUAAGAAUGAUUGGUUCAAGAUUGCUGAGGAGAUUGGUAAUAACAAAACCCCACAGCAGUGUAUAUUAAAAUUUUUGCAAGUUCCAAUUGAAGACAAAUUCAAUCCAUUUGACAAAAAUACAGAUGGUGGCAUUUUCAAAUUGUUGAAGUAUGCCCCAAACUUCCCAGUUAGUGCAUCUGACAAUCCGGUACUAAGCAAUUUAGCUUUCAUGACUCAGUUAGUUGAUAGUGAUGUUGCUAAAGCUGCUAGUUCACGUGCAUCCAAGGUUAUGGAUGAGAAAAUUGCCGAAAAAGUCAGUUCAAUCUAUGGCAAAAAACUGGAAUCAGAAAAACCUAGUGAGGAAGAAGAACUUAAAACAGAACAGGUAGGACAAAAGACCGAAGAAAGUAAAGAUGAGGCCAUGGAAGAAGAUAAUGACAUAGUUAAAGAGGAAUCAGAGGAGAAAAAGCAAGAUGAUGAAGCUGACGACGAAAGCAAGAGGAGCACUGAUGUUACUAGCAGUCCCAAACAAAAUGGAUCACACAAGGACUCCCUGGUUGAGGCGGAAUCACACGAAGCUAAGGAAAACAGUCCAGUCGAAAAUAUCAAGGAAGCUGUGACCAAUACUUUGGGAAUAGUGGGGGCCAGAAGUCAUCUCUUUGCCACCUACGAAGAACGCGAGAUGCAUAAAUUAAGCACCACGAUAAUAAACCACGAGUUAUCCAAGAUUGAUUUGAAAUUGAGCAAGGUGGAAGAGUUGGAGAAGAUCUACGAGCAUGAGAGAAAGCAUUUGGCGAAGCAACAAGAGGAAGUGUUUAUUGAUCGAUUGGCACUCACUAAGUCCACUAUCGACAUCACCAAGAAGCUUGACGAUGCUAUAUCUAUGAUCGAGGACUCGGUGAAAUCUGACAACUCCAAAUUCUCCUCCAUCUCAAGCUUACUCGCGGAAGCUAAGUCGUUAUUGUACAAGCCCACCAGACACUCGUUGACCAACGUUUCCGCAGACGCGGCCAAUGGCGACAUCAACGAACAUUCCAGUUCGGUAGAACCAACUGAUUCCUCUGCUGCUGCCAAUAACGAUGACGACUUCAAGCCGCUUUCAUUAAAAACUCCUCAAGCCUUCAAAGUUUGGGCUCCUUAG